AUGGAUAUGGCUAGUUAUCUACUCGCUCUGCAUACCUGGACGAUAGCGUCAAUCCAUAUCUUGAUCGAUUCACAUCUGACUAUGUGGCGGCAACAAAAGGCUUCUAAAGUCAUAUUAACUAACAAAUCACAUCCAGCAAUCUCUCCAUACUAA